AUGCGUUAUAUUGCAUCGAAAUGUCGAGUAUUUGGUGAAUCAGCUAAAAAACAAGUUCAACAAAUAAAAGAAAAUGAAGAACCACCAAAACUUGAAGAAAAUCCUAAAUUAAAACUUGUCUCUGAUGUACUUCAAGAAAUUCGAGAAAAUGAAGAUAAUAAAUUAUUAGGACCUCCAGUUACAUUAAUUGUAUGUGCAGAAGAUCGAGCAUGUUCACAAUUGAAACAAUAUCUUUUAUUAGGUGGAAGAGUUAUGCUCGAACGUUUGUUAGAGCAAACUCUUAAUGCAUCGACUACGAAUGAAACAACUAAAGAAAGUGAAACAAAAAAAACAACGGAAAAGAAAGCACAAACGACAACUGAUAGAAAAGAAGAAGAAUCAAACGGAAAUUCCAAUGUCGAUAAUAAACCUGAAAUAGAAGGGAUUGAAGGUGGUUACGUCAUUGAAGAUGAUGAUGGAUCCACAAGUCCAUCUACAACAAUUCUAUAUCCAUUUAGUGGAAAUAUCGAUAAUCAUUUUGUAUUGGGAAAAAUUUUACAUAAAUAUCGUCCACGUUUUGUUAUAUUAUAUGAUGCAUCAUUAACAUUUGUUCGACAACUUGAAGUUUUCAAAGCAACGAAUUCUGAACAUCCAUUACGUAUUUAUUUUCUUCUUUAUGGAAAAUCGAUUGAAGAACAGCGAUAUUUAUUAAGUGUAAAAAAAGAAAAAGAAGCUUUUGAAAAUCUUAUUCGAGAAAAAGCUUCUAUGGUAAUACCCGAAGAACGUGAAGGACGUGAUGAACAUAAUCCAUUAUUAAGUCGUGAUCCAACUCCAGCUAAUCAACAAGCAUAUGGAACUGGAGCAGCAUCUACCAUUGAUCAAAGUGAUACAAGACGUGGUGGUUUAUUUCCUAUGACAACAAUUUCAAAUAUUCGUCCUAAAGUUAUUGUUGACAUGCGUGAAUUUCGAAGUGAACUUCCAUCAUUAAUAUGGAAACGUGGUAUUGAUAUAGAACCAGUUACACUUGAAGUUGGAGAUUAUAUUUUAACACCUGAAAUAUGUAUUGAAAGAAAGAGUGUUUCGGAUUUAGUUGGUUCAUUAAAUAAUGGUCGACUAUAUCAACAAGCAUUACAAAUGACAAGAUUUUAUAAAAAAGCAAUGUUACUUAUUGAAUUUGAUCAAAAACAAGCAUUUCAUCUUGCUAACAAACAAAGAUAUAAUUCAUCAUCAGAAUUUAGUUCACAUGAUAUAACAUCAAAAUUAGCAUUAUUAACAAUGCAUUUUCCAAAAUUAAGAAUUUUAUGGUGUCCAUCACCGCAUGCUAGUGCAGAAUUAUUUGAAGAUCUUAAAAGAGAUCGAGAAGAACCUGAUACAAAAAGUGCUUUAUUAGUAACAGCUGAAUCAGAAUUACUUGAUGAUGAUGAACGAUAUAAUUCCGUUGUACAGGAUCUUUUAAUUCGUAUGCCCGGUGUAACAUUUAAAAAUUAUAAAUUAAUAAUGAAUAAAGUUGAAAAUUUACGAGCAUUAAGUCAAUUGAGUGAAAAUGAAUUAACAACAAUCAUGGGAAAUUCUAAACAAGCAUCAUUACUCUAUAAUUUUAUUCAUAAACAAAAAGGUGAUCUUGUUCUUGAUAUUAAAUCCAAGGCAACAUCAAAUACUACAUGGAAAAAACGUCGAUAA